CGCCAAUUGCGUUAGCACAUGCAAGUGUUCCGAGUGCCUGGAUAUAUGUCAACCUCGAGCGCAAUUAAAAUCAAUAAAGCGCACCGGAAUCACUCAUGCUUUUGACGGUUCCUGCAGGACAUUCGCCAGUUGAAUUUGUUGCUGUCAAGUGGAAAGUUCGACUAUGGAACUGCGUCGGAAAAUCGCUUGGCGCAUUCUGCCCCUUUUUUUGGUGGGCUUUCUAUUCACAGUGGGCGAGGCUUAUAUGAAAAGUGUGCGGGUAGACGAGAUUCCUUUUGCCGGAAGAAAGCAAGUCCUGGCAAGUCGUCGGCCCAGCGGCAUUCACCUAAUCUCGAGUCUGGAGCAUCAGCGCACAUUUCUGCACCUUUUUCACGUGCCCUACAUUAUUUGCUUUUAUGCCGCCAAUGGAAAGUGGCCGUAUGUGCCGGGAUUCAUGAAAUACCGUGUAGACGAUGCUGCCCGAAACUUUUUCCACAACAACGACAGUUUCAUCAAGCAGUUUUGCACCAAGUGGAUUCAGGUCAAGGAGUGCUUUCGCCCCUUGUUCGACAAAUCAAACACCACCACAGAUGUGGAUGUAGAGGCCCUGAAUGCCAAAAUUCAGGGACAGGAUAAGAAUAAGCGUUGCAACUGCGACAAGUUGCUCCUCUCGACGGAGGCGCCUGUUCCAGUUGUCUACUUCGACAAGAACUACAUUGGGAAUGUGAGCUCGGAGACAAUAAUGAACACCAUUGAAUUUCUGGAGAGUUUCCUGCCACCACCCACUAAAAAACACAAGCGCAAGAAUCGCGUGCGUGGACGUCUAGAUGACAUUGACAUUAAUUAGAAAUCCAAUUUUUAGUAGCAUUUACUUUAGCACUGCAGUUUAUAAUAAAGCAAAUCUUGACAUCUGAAAAUAGUUUAUUUUUGAAUUCAAGCGCCAAAAUAAUCGAUUGGCUCAGGGCUGGGUUAAUAGGAGUUAAACAUUGCUCUCAGGAAACCUCUUAACGCUUCGCGACGGUCACACUAAUAGCGCGUCAGAAAACGACAAGGGAAAAGGUAGCGGUCUCUAGCGGGCACACUUUUGGGGCGACUUCAAUUGGACACACUCGCGUUCGCGUCGCGGAAGAAAUAAAAAAGGAAGCACUGCAACUGCACUGACUAUUUUUAAAGUACGACCGCGAUUAGACAAGCCUUAAGAACAGGUGUCAAUAGACAGUCCGAUUGGUCAUAAAUAAGCGAGAGUGAUUAAGAGAAAAGCGAAUAAAGCUGUGCCAAAUUCUUUUGCAUUCGCUUUGCCCACCGCUUUCAUCGCGAGUUUUUCACUGUGUUAGUGAGCGAAGAGAAGAGAAGCGUGUGCAAAUAACUUUUGCCGCGUUGUCUGCUGCGAAUUUCCAAGCCAAAGAGUAGAGAGAA